UUUGUAAUAAUUUUUUCGAAUAUUAAAAAAAAAGUGAAAUAGCCUCCCUUGGCUUGGGUGAGUGUCGAGCAUGGCGACUGCCAUGCAGCAAUUUACGCUGGAAGAUUGCAAAGCAGCUCUGAGUGAUGUCCUAGAAGCAUUUAAGCUCCCUGAGAAUGCCACCCGACUGAAUGAAGCCCACGAUAAUGCUGGCAAUGACAUGCUAAAGAGUAUGCAGAUUGUCUUUCCAGUUCUGGCACAAAUACAAAUGGAAGUUAUACAUAAAUAUGGCUUUAUGGCAGAUGGUGAUGGUCUAGUCCAGUUUACGAAAGCAGUUAGGGUGUAUGAAACGCAAGACACUGAAGUGGCUUCUCUUAAUCAAGAACUGCGGGGUUACCUCAUGCCUCCUGUGGGCAUUUCUCCACCUGCAGCCAUGGGACAAAAUGGUGCUAGCUAGCCUGUGAAGAUAGGCCAGAAUUUUGUCAUAUACAGCAUGAAGCCAGAGGCUUUUUUCUGGCACAGAAAGACAUGCGUAAUGAGGCACUGCAUCACGCUCAAGUCAGAAGACAAUGGAGCCAGUGUUCAGAAUCUUACAGAGAUGUUCUUUCCCAUACAAUCGUUAAGUGGACGUGAACAUAGGUAUUGGAUUUACAAGACACAUCACACCAUCAGAAACAUUAACAGUUACAGGAAAAAAGUGAGAGAUAAAUAAAAACGUGGUUUGCUUUCUGGAGAUGACAGGGCAGUUGCAUGGUAUGAUAACAGUGUAACAUAGUUUUCUUUAGUGUAUGUAUAGGUGUAGGAACUGUAUUUGCUCUGAUCAUUGUCAGUUGAACCAUCUUAAAAUGAUGUCCUGGUGGAUGAAGUGGGCAAUCUAGAAUGUAACAUUGUUAUGGGUCAGGAUUGGAAAUGUUAGGGUCCAAGUUUCUUUUGCAGGGAGAUGUGUUGACAGUCCCAUUCAGGAGCGAAAGCGUUGCAACA